ACCCAGGCCCAACCCAAGCUUAUCCCAGCAUCUCGAGCUGGGCCAAAUCAAGUUCGAAUUAAGCCCACUCAAAUUACACCACUAACUUCUUUUGCCGCAAAUUCUUUUGCUCUAUAUGACUAGACAUUUAGACAACCAACGGCCCACGGCCCACGGGGGUAUCCCAAUUCCCAUCCCCAACCCUGUGGUAGGCAGGAUUCGAUCCAAGCCUGUUGCCACUUUAUUCUUUUCACUUGCACAAAUAAAUUUCAUAAAGCUAUACCUUUCGAAUUUUCAAGUCCACAUCAGUUUUUUGAAUCGACAAAAACCUUCACAACAGUUUUAUACCUGCCGUGUAAACUUGGAAAUUGGAAUUACUUUUGAUAAUCGAAAAAAAUUCGCUCAUUCUAGAUAGCUGUAAUAAAGGCUAUGGACCAAUCCUAACGCUCCACGCCAGCCAUAAUUUGUGGGUUACAUCCGGACCCGGUCCAUUGACAUUCUAACGGGUUUGGAAUUUGGAUCUUCGGACAACGCCGUUCACGGUAUCAGUCACGUUUCCAAUCCUGAUUCCUGAGCGCUGAGCCUACUUCACGUUGGCAAUCGGCAUAUGGAAGACGAAAGUAUGGAAUUUUGUCAAGAAUUUUGUACGAGGAAACGCCACGUUCAAAGAAGGAAUUUGGCGACGUCAAUGGCGUCCUCGGCAAGCUUCAAUCACAAUCAUGCGCAGGUGUCUGGAAGACGGAGGUUGAUUACGGUGUAUCCAAGUUCCAAGCUGGAUUGCAACGAUCAUCAACAACCAAACCACCGAAAAGAAUCCAAUUCCAUUCUUCUUCCUUUCCGAAUAAGAAAUGUCAAAAAGGAAAGCAGAAGCAGAAAGAAGAAGAACGAAACAAGCAGCUAAUUUGUCCAGCUCUGCGCAUCUACCCUCUUCGGAUUCUUCGCAUUCAUCAUAUUUAUAAUGCCCGUUUUUUGUUAGUUGCCGGUAUUGCAAAGCAAGCCUUAGACAUCGCGUUAUUGUUAUAUGGUGUGCGAUCUCUGUUCGAAAAAAUGUGCGAGUGAAGCUUCUCUUGUUAUUGGCCUAUCUUAAUUGCUUUCGUUCGAGCUGUUUAGAGUCGUAUAUGGUUGGAUGAAGCUAAGGUAGAAGCUGCGUUAUUGUUAUAUGGUGUGCGAUCUCUGUUCGAGAAAAUGUGCGAGUGAAGCAUCUCUUGUUAUUGGCCUAUCUUAAUUGCUUUCGUUCGACCUGUUUAGAGUCGUAUAUGGUUGGAUGAAGCUAAGGUAGAAGCUCUUUAAGUGAAUUGGAGUUCCUGGUUUGGUUGGGUACUUCGGUUUUGGCUCGCAUUUGUGGAACAAUGUCGUUCUUUUUUGGACUGGUUUUCGGAAUUACGCUCGGUAUUUUGUUAAUUGUCACUUUGGUGCGUUUCGAGAACACCCGAUCCAAACGCCGCUCUGAAUUGGCAACAACGAUAGCGGCUUUCUCGAAAAUGACAGUGGCAGAUUCGAGGAAAAUUCUACCAGCCGAAUAUUACCCUCCAUGGGUCGUUUUCUCACAGAGACAGAAGUUAACUUGGCUUAACCUUCAACUUAAGAAGAUCUGGCCGUAUGUCAACGAGGCAACAUCUGAGAUGAUAAGAAAUUCUGUUGAGCCAAUUCUCGAGCAAUAUAGACCAAUCAUCUUAGAUUCUCUUAAAUUUAAAAAGUUGACUCUUGGUACUGUGGCUCCACAAUUUACAGGAAUUUCAAUUAUUGAAGAUAGAAGUGAUGGCAUCACUAUGGAGCUGGAGUUGCAGUGGGAUGGAAACCCAAGUAUUAUUCUUGAUAUCAAAACUUUACUUGGUGUAGCACUACCUGUACAGGUAAAAAAUGUUGGCUUCACUGGGGUCUUCAGGUUAAUCUUUAAGCCAUUGGUUGAUCAGUUUCCUUGUUUUGGAGCGGUUUCCUAUUCUCUGAUGGAAAAGAAAAAUCUGGAUUUUACACUUAAAGUUAUUGGUGGUGAUAUAUCAACAAUUCCUGGGCUAUAUGAUGCUAUUGAGGGAACCAUUCGUGAUGCUGUUGAAGACUCUUUAACAUGGCCAGUCCGGAAAGUCAUUCCCAUUUUACCAGGGGAUUAUAGUGAUCUAGAGUUAAAGCCUGUUGGGACAUUAGAAGUGAAGCUUGUGCAAGCCAAGGAGUUAACGAAUAAAGAUAUCAUUGGAAAAUCUGAUCCCUAUGCUGUACUGUACAUACGGCCAUUGUGUGAUAGAAUGAAAACCAGCAAAAUAAUUAACAACCAGUUAAAUCCAAUUUGGAAUGAACAUUUUGAAUUUAUAGUUGAAGAUGCAUCCACUCAACGCUUGGUAAUAAAAAUUUUUGAUGAUGAAGGAAUUCAGGCAUCUGAGUUUAUUGGAUGUGCUCAAGUGCCAAUAAAGAGUCUUGAGCCUGGUAAGGUGAAGGAUGUGUGGUUGAAAUUGGUCAAAGAUUUGGAAGUCCAGAGAGAUAAUAAAAACAGGGGCCAGGUGCAUUUGGAACUUCUAUACUGUCCUUUUGGCAUGGAAAAUGGGUUUGUUAACCCUUUUGCCCCCCAAGUAUCAAUGACCUCUUUAGAGAAGGUCUUUAAGGUUGAGGCUGAUGGAACUGAGGUUGGUGAUAUUGCAAAAGCAGCUUCACAAAAGAGAAGGGAGGUGAUUGUGAGAGGAGUUCUUUCAGUGACGGUGAUAUCUGCUGAAGAUUUGCCGACAGUUGAUUUGAUAGGAAAGGCUGAUCCCUAUGUUGUUCUCCUUAUGAAGAAAACUGAGACAAAGAACAGAACUAGGGUAGUGAAUAACAGCCUCAAUCCAGUUUGGAAUCAGACAUUUGACUUUGUUGUGGAGGAUGCUUUACAUGAUAUGCUAAUUCUGGAGCUUUGGGACCAUGACACAUUUAGUAAGGACUACAUGGGGAGAUGCAUCUUAACACUCACUAGGGUUUUAUUAGAAAGAGAAUACACUGACAGCUUCCCUCUGGAUGGUGCUAAAUCUGGAAAGCUAAAUUUGCAUCUCAAAUGGACACCACAACCAAUAUACAGAGAUUCCUAAUUGAUGUGAGCCAAAGUGGAUCUUAAUUUUCUUCGCAUGCACUCUGCACUUCAGGGAGGUGUAUAAGAAUACUUGGAAGUUGAAACUCCCUGCUGCAAUUCUCGUGUCAGCCCCUUCCUGCCUGUAUUUGAAUUUGAGAUGCAUGUGUUCCUCAACAGAAUUUAGAGUUAAAUCUUAGGGGCCUCGUGUAGAAAAUAUGCAGGGUGGGAUGUGUUUUUGUAACUCUGAAAAAUAGUCAAAGCCAAAUAUUUGAUCUAGUGAUAAAGGAAAAGAUGAGAUUCUGCAGAUCAAAAUCAGGAAGAAGUCAUAUGCUAUGAUAGAUGUUUGUCUCAUAUGUUCUCCAGACUUCUCUUCCAAUAAAUUUCAUAUUCUUUA